ACAACCAACAACUUUCCUGUGUCUGGCAGUGGCUGUGCGCAUUUUGAAAAAAAAAAAAACUCUUUUGAAACUCUUUUAAAGCCUUUUUUUUCCCGUUGAAAAGAAUCGUAGUUUUUGGAAAAGUUUGUGAAACAAAAAAGAGUUUUAAAGAAGUUAGUGCGGUGCAGUGGUUCUUUGUUUGGUCGUCUGAUUCGCUUGUGUUGGGGCGGUCCAUUCGAAAGGAAUUCCAACAAAAAAAAAAAAGGGAAAAAAUUAAAAGAAGACGACAAUCCCGCGGUCGACCAUGGACCAGCACGAAGAAUUAACAGUGACUUUGAAAUGAAUUCGAGUCAAGGUUGUGUGAAAGUCUCGUGAGAAAAAGAAGACAACUACCCACCGCCAGAUUACACAGUUUGCAGAAUAAUAAUAAUAAUCAUCAGCAAAAAAAAGGAAAACGUAAUUCACCUUCAAACCGAAAGCCGCACACCUAUAUGCCUGAAGGCUAUUGCCGGUGUAAGCAGUGCGGAGGACUGCUGUCGUUCAAAUGGCCAUCUCAUCAUUAUUCGGCAGACGUUGUUCAACAAUUGGAACAUCAUCGUGUUAUUACAGAUUUAACAUGGCCUUAUUUAUCCUCUUCCUCAAUUCGAUUUGGCUACUAGUCCUCCGGCCAGUCUCAGCUUCCGUUACCUCAGGAAUUGCUUUGAAUGAAUUCAUUCGCCAUUUUGAACCGCUCUUUUACGAUCACCACAAUGUCAGACUGCAGCAUAGCAGAUCAAAAAGAGAAAGCCAAUCCCAGCUACAACUGCAGUUUCAUGCUCACAACAGGCUUUUCAAGAUUCGGUUACGCCGCAGCGCGAGCGUCUUUGCCGAUGACGUCGUCCUGGAAAGCACCGCAGGAUCUAUUGCCUUUGACAUGGACAAGGUCUAUCAAGGAGAACUAGAAGAUGACGAUCAUUCGACGGUGAGCGCCGUGCUGACAUCCAGCGGCCUCUUGGACGCCACAGUCUCAACGGCCUCGGAAACUUAUUACGUUGAACCGGCCAGCCGUUAUUUCGACGCCAGCCGAAAUCUUUCCUUUCCAGCUGUUAUUUAUAAAGCUUCCGAUGUACUCCAUCCGGAUCCUCACCAUCACGGCAGUGGCUGUGCUUCACAUCAGCUCUACUUGAAGCAAUUUGAACAUUUCCACUGUGCCAACAAACAAGAGAACCGUGACGGCCCUCGGAACUCGUCGGAUCUUGCCAGCGUGCUCACUUCGUGCCAAGAAAGCAACACCAACAACAAGGGCGGCGUUAGCGAGGGGAUCGAGCCCAAUCAGCUGAUCGAUCAAACGCUGUACUCGGGCUGGAAUCGUCGCCAUAACGAGAAGAAAAAGAAGAAGAGGAGAUCGACUAUCGAUCAUCGAAAGACUACGUGCAUGCUCUACUUGCAAGCUGAUCACCUGUUUUACGGUAAAAUGGGCAGCGAAGAGGCUUGCAUUGAAACCAUGACACGACAUGUCCAACGAGUCAACAGCAUUUACAAGAACGUCGACUUUGAUGGAGAUGGCCAAGGAGAUGAUAUAAAUUUUAUGAUCAAACGGAUCAAGGUCCACACGGAACAGGCCCUCAACGAAGCAAGUUAUCGAUUUCCAGGCAAUUACGGAGUCGAGAAGUUUUUGGAACUAUUUUCAGAGGAGGAUUACAACGCGUUCUGCUUGGCGUACAUGUUCACGUACCGAGAUUUCGAAGGAGGAACAUUGGGUCUAGCCUGGACGGGUGAUUUGAAAAAUGCCGGAGGCGUUUGCGAGAAAAACGGCCAUUACCGUGGCAGUUUAAAAAGUUUGAAUACGGGCAUUGUGACCCUAUUAAACUACGGAAAACAUGUCCCUCCCGCCGUCUCGCACGUCACAUUGGCUCACGAAAUUGGCCAUAAUUUCGGAUCGCCUCACGAUCCGGAAAACAAUCGGGAUUGCACGCCAGGCGGCGAAGACGGCAACUACAUCAUGUUUGCCCGUGCCACUUCGGGUGAUAAAAGAAACAACAACAAAUUCUCACCGUGCAGCCUGAAGAGCAUUAACGGCGUCCUCAGCGCCAAGGCUCGUAACGAGCAAGGCUGUUUCAAAGAGCCUCAAAGUGCCAUUUGCGGCAAUGGAGUGGUGGAAGCGGGAGAAGAAUGCGAUUGCGGAUGGGAAGAAGAUUGCCAAGAAAAGUGCUGUUUCCCAAUGCGAAGUAUUGCGCAGCACGGAGAAAAACCUUGCACUCUUAGACCGGCGACCACCUGCUCACCUUCACAGGGUCCGUGCUGCACGGAGAGUUGCCAACUGAGAUAUGGUGUCAAGUGUCGUGACGACAAUGGAUGCCGUGAUUCGGCUUUUUGCGACGGCUCUGGGCCCAAAUGCCCACCUUCCAAUAACAAAGCCAAUAAAACUGUUUGUAACGAAGAGUUUGUCUGCUUCAUGGGGGAGUGCACCGGAUCGAUAUGCAUCGCUUACGGCCUCCAAUCGUGUCAAUGCCUACAGGGAGCCAACGAUCCGCCAACUAAAGCCUGUGAGCUUUGCUGCAAAUUGCCGGGCGACGAUCAACCUUGUUUGUCGUCCUUUGAAUGGAACACUCCGCCCUAUGACGUGCCCUCGGCUCACGCCAAGGCCGGAACACCGUGCAAUAAUUACAACGGUUAUUGCGACGUGUUCCAGCGAUGCCGUGAGGUCGACCCUUCCGGACCAUUGGCCACCCUACGACGCCUUUUACUAUCAGACGAGAGUAUCGCCUCUCUCAAAAAAUGGAUCGAAGAUCAUUGGUAUGGUGUCCUCUUUAUUGCCGUUGGGUUCAUCACCAUUAUCGCCGUCGUCGCGCGCGUGUUUGGGAAACGGGUCGAACGCAAAAAGCGACAGCGCACUCAACAACGUGCAUCGCGGACGACGAAUGGAGUGACGACAGCAGCAGCUGCAGCAGCGACAGCCGCCGCGGUGGAUGAGAAUCAAGGCCAGCAUAUCGUCCACCCCGUGGCUGUCCGAUCGGCCAUCCCUCUGAAGCGCAAAGUGCGCGAAAAGGAGAAACGGGCAGGAAGAAAAGCUUAUUCGACGGCAUCCGCAUUGGCCGUCUUCCGCAAAGCGAGGAAACCUCAGCGGGAAGAGCGCAGGCAGAGGAGAUCCGGCAUCGUCAACACCAAAGAUAAAGUCCGUUCGUGGCUGGAACGUGAGAAUCCGACGCGAGAAACGAUCGACAGCGAUAACGAAAGUCAUUUCCCGGAAGAGGAAAUCAAUCCAUCGGCGAAUCAGAUGAGACGGACGAGCAAAUCGAGCACCAGCCUCAAUCAACAGACGCCGGACAGUUCGAAUCCUUCGUGCAAUCGUCGAAGUUCUUCCAGCGAAUUUUUAUCCUUGUCACCUCCGUCGCUGGACAUGAAACCGCCCGUCAAGAAAAUGAUGCGUUCCAUUUCGGAAAAUCCGCGCCAUUUCGAAGUAACACCAAUAGCAACAGCCAACGGAGGCCGGCACAAUUUUUCACGUUCCAUUUCCCACGGCCACGAACCUGAUUUCAGUCGACUCGGCCGCAAAACGGAAUCUCAUUCUCAUCUGCUCUCCAAGUCUGAGCUGGAUUUGGAGCCCCUAGGCGAUUCGUCCGUCAACAACAAGCCGAAAGAAAGCGCCCUGUGUCACCCGCCCGUCCAGAAAAGAAUUCCUAAUCCUAAAAUCCCUAAAUCCUCGACGGAAGGACAACUCAAAGCUUCCAAACCUAAACCGAAAACCAAAACGUUUUCAUCUUUUGAAUUUUUGAAUCUGCUGACAGGAAGUAAAUCAACUCCGGUCGAGAAAUCGGGUAAACCUACCCGUGCGGCUCGGGGCGCAGGAGAAAGAACCGGUUCACCCGCCAAAAUCCGUAAAAAAAUCGGUUUGGGACCAGUGAAAGUUGUUCUCAAGUGGCACGGAGCCGGGCGGGCAUCAAGAGUCAAACCACCUGCCCAGGCAUCGACUGGUAAAUCUAAAAUGGAAGGAGAGAAACGUAAUAAUAACAAGAAAAAGAGGGUCAUCGUCUACAAGAAUGGCGAUCCGAUAGCCAACGUUGCGACCGGAUUCUCGAAGGAGAGAAAACAACAACCUGUCGAACAACAAACGAAAACAUCCAGCCAGUCCAAAUUGAAUGAAAUUGAAAAUGCCAAUGAGAUAGGCUCGAAUUCCAGUGGCAAGGAUGUGAUCAACAUCAUUGCUAAUCCGCUUCCGGAAUCAGCGGCGGAACAACCUUCAAGACCAUCAGCUGAGGCCAUCUUCCGGUCACGACGUUAUUCGAUGCAGGAACGGCUUUCACAACCUCCACCGUUGGUUCGUCGUGUGUCGGAGAUUCACACGUCCACGAGCGGUGGUGCUGGUGCUGGCCAACAACAACAACACAACAACAGUCGACGUAAUCGUCAUAGCUGGACAGUGGGAACUCUGCCGGAAUUCCCACUGAAUUCCGAAGAGAUUGGCAUCGAUAUCGAACAUGAUUGCUGAUUAACUCUUUUUUUUUCUUAAUUAAUUUUUUGUUUACUAAUUAUUUGAACUCCGUGUGGUGUUCAAAGAACCAAGAGGUCAUAGUCAGGUCUCACGAUUUUUCAAAUAACGCGAUUAACGGCUGAAACAAUUUUAUUUUGAAAUUUAAAUCUAGAGCUUAUUCGAUUGAUGAAGAAAAAAAAAAGGCGCCUCUGUACUAGCUCCGCUUUCGUGAUCCAAUCCUGUAGGUUCAUUUCCAUUUUAUUGAUUCAUUAAUGCAUAUCAAACAAGAAACUGACGUUUAAAAAAAUGGCGUCAAUCAGUUGAAAAUUCCUCGACUGGAGGCAUUGAUUCGUAUGAUGAAUUGAUAUAUAUAUAUAUACAGUAUAUAUUUAUGUAUAAAUAUGUUGUCACAUGAAUGUUGAGAUUGUUGACGCAUGAUGUAUUCCUACCAGUGUGUACUUAUGUGUGGCUGUUUGACUGUGAGUGUGUACUGAAAGUUGAAAAUUGUGGUUAUCUCGUACUCAAUACAAUUGUAUUAAUUUCG